AUGUUAAUUCAUGUCAAAGUACUGAACAAUCCGGCCUUAGCUGAAAUUCAAUUACAAGUUUCCCCAAAUGAUACCAUACAAGAAAUCAAAUCUCGUCUUUUCACUCAAUUGAAUAUUCCAAUUCAUCAGCAAAAAUUAGUUCACAAAGGAAAACCUUUACACGAAGGCACAUUAGAAGAUUGUCAUAUUGUUGAUGGAACAAAAUUACAUUUGAUUUCUUCGUCGCCUACGACGCCAGUAUCGAGCAAACCAAUUAAUAAUGCAUUUUUGUGUGAACUUCAACAAUUAGCUUCAAAAUGGCUUCAGAAUCCCCAAGAACGUGAAGCAUUCGUCAAUGCAUUUCAAAAAGAAAUGAAGAAUACAAUUGAUCAUUUAAGUCUUGAUGACAUCGAAAAACUGUAAGAAAGUCUACAACUUUCUCGAACGGCCAAGUCGCGGUUGGUUUUGCUUCGCAUAUCAUUUCAUGGUGUAAUACAAAAAAAACCUACAACUGAUGUUUGUUUCUGA